CUUGCUAGCAACAUUAUACAAACGCCCUUCGUAGAAGCUAGUAGCACCGAAUAGCGACGCAUACAGCUUGAGAAACGUCAAAAAUGGGGGUGGAAGUUAAAGUCGAAUACUGCGGUGCAUGAGGUUACGAACCCCGCUAUCGGGAGCUCGCCAGUGUCGCUAAGAGCGAGUUUCCCGAUGCGGUGGUGUCGGGCUUUGUGGGAAGGACAGGCAGCUUCGAAAUAGUAAUGAACGGGCAGCUCAUCUUUUCCAAGCUUGAGUCAGGUGGAUUCCCAUAUGAGGAUGACAUUAUCAAUGCAGUCCAGGAUGCUUAUGAUGGGAAACCCGUGCAGAAGAUCACCAAAAGCCGUCCGCCGUGCGUCAUCUUGUAGCUCUCCUUCUGAUCUGCUGUAACAUCAGCAGCAUGAUGGAGGGCGCCUCCCUGCCCAGCUACGUCCGGCCCGGAUGAAGCAGUCUGACCACACGCUGCGUCAGCUGGCUCCUCUCUCUUCUCCUAUUAGAUUCUUCAGGCUGUUAAUGAUUGCUGUAACUUAAAAUCAUAAAGGUUAUAGUUUGACGAAUGCCUUCCUGGAGGUUCAUUCAUAGGAACAGAGAUAAGGAGAAGUUGUCACAGAUGGGCAUAAAGGAGGGCGCGCACGUCUGCCUCUAUAGCUGGCAUUUUAAAUUCCCCCCCCAAAAAAUAUUUUUUAAUUUUAUCGCAUGCAGCUAGGGAUUUAUGUUAAAUGCAAAAUAUUUUGAAGGUUGAAACAAAUGAAUAGGAAGAGAAACUGCUGAUGUCUUUGCACAGCUGUUGAGUAAUUUUAUUUUCAUUUCCUCAGAGCUAUUCUUCGCUUAUGGGUAUGAAUUGUGGCUCUGUGGCUUUAAGUUUUUAAAGUGAGUGUGAACCAAGUUGAUUUUUCACCUGUUCCAAAACAAAUAUUCAAUUUAAACUCUUACAUACUGGAUUCAGCUGCUUAACUGAGAACCAUCAUUUGUUGCUAUUUCUCAUUUUCUACUUCGGUUGAUGUUGAAACUGCAGAAUUUUAAUAAAGUAAAUCCUUGUUCUA